AUGUUGCAAGAUAUCAAAACAAAACAACAAUUAGCCAACGCUUUGCAAUCACAAUACCAAUCUUCAGAAACAACUUCAAGAAGAACUGAAACUGGUGUUGACCCAGGCACUUCAUCAAGAACUAAGAUUCAAUCCAAGGCAAUGAACAUGGCAUCCAAUAUGGGCUUUGGUUCCGGCUCAGGCUCCAAUGCCUCCUCCCACGAAGAUCACGUUAUUGUCGUCGACUUCUUCGACGAUUGUGAUCAUUGUUUACAAAUGAAUUCCAAGUUGGAUGAGUAUUCCAAUUGGUAUCAAAAUAAUUCCAAACCGGUUGAUUUUUACAAGGUUAAUAUUGAAGAUAAGGAGCUGAAAUCUUUUGCUAGUGAUUAUUCAGUUGAUUCUAUCCCUACUACAUUGUUUUUCAAAAAGGGUAAGUUGGUUGAUAAAGUUGUUGGUGCUCAACCUGCGCAGAUUAAAAAGGUUUUGGAUGAUGAUUUGUUGUAA